AUGAAUCAACAUAAUAUUAGUCUUCUUGAUUUACCUAAUGAAAUAUUACUUAUGAUUUUCAAAAAGCUCGAUAAUAUGUAUGUUCUUUCUUCAUUAUUACUUGUAAAUAAUCGACGACUUGACGCUUUAAUACAAGAAAAUAAUUUCUCUAGUAUUCUCAAUUUUAUAUUACCAACAUCACUUAAUCAUACUCACGCGCCUGUUAUUCCAAGUGUUGAUCAAUUCUGCACUUCAAUAUUAAGAAGAAUUAAUCACAAAGUUAAAACUCUUAUUGUUGGUUCAUUCUCUAUGAAAGACAUUCUUUAUGCUGCCCGAUAUCCUAAUUUAACUGAAGUUAAACUCUUUAAUGUUGACAGCUUGACUAUUUCAUUGUAUUUUACAGAUAACAAACAAUUACUAUAUACUGUUCCACGACAAAUUACAGAUCUUAUUCUUGUAUUCAAAAACAAAUCCUAUAAAGCAUCACUAAAAGAUUAUACGGCAGAUUUGUAUGCGUGUAUUUUGAAAUACUGUGAAAAUUUAAAACAUUUAUCUAUUAUUGGAUCAUAUCCACACUAUUAUCCACCUUUGGUACUUAGUAACGUACCUUUAACUACGUUCUUCUCUUCAACUCUUAACAAAUUAUGUAUUCGUGUGAGACAUUUUGAAGAUUGUCUUGCUUUACUUGAUGGUCGUCUUAAACAAUUAACAACUUUGAUUAUUUUUAUUGAAAAUAUGGAAUACGAUUCAUUGAAUGUUUACAAUAUGGAUGAUUUACCUAAUUUGAAAUGCUUAUCUUUAACAACACCUUUUUGCUUAACUAAUACAUAUGAUACUCAAUUUCUUCCACUUUUUCAUCGUAUGUUAAAUCUUGAAGAAUUAACUUUAUAUAUUACAAUCAAGAAUCGAACUACAUUUAUCGAUGGUACUCAUAUUUAUAAUGAAAUUCUUGUUCAUAUGCCACGACUUCAUAUGUUUAAUUUUUGUAUUUCUACUGACACUACAUUGGAUCAUUUAGUUGAUCAUUUAUCUAAAAAUGAUAUUCAACAAACUCUUAAUAACAUAAAAUAUCAAGAAAUGAAUUGUAUUGUAAACUAUGGAUAUUCUACUGCCAUAUGUUAUGUCUUUUCAUUACCAUUCAUGUUUGACGAUCUCACAUAUAUUGGUAAUACAUAUCCAAGUAUUGUUUUCAAUAAUGUUAAAAGAUUAACGGUGAAGGAUGAAAUUUCAUUCAAACAUGAAUUUUUCAAUGGAAUUGCGUUGUCUUUUCCUUUGCUUGAAGAAUUAUGUGUUAUUAAUAUUAAACCACAAUCAUUAAUAUCAGACAAAUGGAACACUAAUGAUAACCAAUGGUAUUCAAUUAUUAAAUUUCCUUAUCUUAUUUCGCUUCGUCUUGUUACUGUUCAUAUUGAUUAUAUCGAUCAAUUUCUCAAUGAGAGAAAAACACAUUUACCUUGUCUGACUGAAUUAACAGUCAAUUAUAAUAAUUUAUUAAUCGUCACAGAACACUUUACAAGAGAUGCAACAUGGCUUAAUUGUAUGAAAAUAAAAAAAUUACAUGUUGGUGAAACAAUUGAACAUACAAAACAUCUCCAUGUUUAUUUUCCUUUGUUAGAACUCUGUUUUUUUUCUUACUAAAUUAAUAAAAAUCAAUAAUGAAAUUAUAUUAAUUGAAUCAUAUUCAGCAAGAAUUAUUCAUUAUAAAUGCUUGUUAACUCUGGAAUUUUUUUUCUAAUAAAUGUUUAGGUUUUACAUCUUAUAUAUAUAACAUAUAUCAUGAAAGAUUUAUUUGUUGAUCACAUUUAUUUAAAAUAGUUCAAUAAAUAAACGAUUGUCUAUUCAUAAUCAAUGAUAUAUAAUUCAGAGGUGUACGCGCGCCUAAAAAUCGACCAACGGCGACGGAAAAUAUGAGUCAUACUUUCAAAAAGUGACGGCGGUACGGACCGCUCCGUAAGCCUUUUUGCCGAGCGGAGCGGCCGCACCAUCCCUCGUUUAAAGGAUCCUACGGUGGAGCCGUCCGAUAACCACCGAGCGGCCGCUCGGGGCUUACUGAAGUUGUUUGUGAUUAUUUGUUUCGUAGGCUUAUUACAAUUUUUUAAAUAAAUACUGGGUAAUUUAUUGAUCCCAUAAGCCCAUUUCAAUGUAAUCAAUAAGUCUAGAAGUAGAUCGAUGCGAUGGAAAGUUUAUUAGUAAAUAUUGUAACAAUGGCAUAGAAGAAGGUAGCUUUUACAGAAUAAUGAUAAUGAUGGAAAUUACAGUAGGUAAUUUUAUGAAAGUAGAAUGGACACAACACGAAUACUAUAUAGAAAAGAAGACCAUAAUUAAAGCAAUACAGCCACAGAGUAAAUUUACAGUCAAGAGGGAGAUAUAGUACAAAUAAGUUAUAAAAGUAAAAUGGUAAAAUAUAAUGGAAAAAGAAAAAGUUGAACUCAACAGCCUAUCUAUCUAGCAUGUGUAACGAAAGGAAAAAAUGUAUACAUAGUACCAUAGAACAUCUAGUAUAGUACAAACAUAUUUUGAAAAUCAAAAUCCAUCUACCAAAAUGGUCAUUCGAUAGCCAUUUCGACUCGUCAAUUUGAGGGCGUUGUGCCCAUCGAAAUUUCCAAACGGAGCUCUCAGAUUCUCACUUUUCGAUAGGUCGAGAGCUGGUCGAUGGGUCAAGAAAUCAGUGACUUUUCGAUCACUCGAAUGGUUUCAAUCGAGAGUUCAAAAUAGAAAAGAGUUUUUUGAUAGGUGGCUCAAUUUCGACCGAUCGAGAACCAUUGAAUAAGUGCAAAGAAUGACAUUAGAACAUGGAUACUUACGGUUACGAGUCGUCGAACAUCUAGACCAAAUAUGAAUUGUAUUUCUUUUUGUAAAAUUGUUCUUUAAGUUAUUCAAAUUCUUAAAUGAAAAAUAUUUAGGGACAUCAUUUUCUUUUAAAAGAAUUUAAAAAUCAAAUUUCAGAAAUUUAAAAUUUUUGUAAAUUAAACAAUCAUUUUUAAACAAUUUAUUAUGAAUUUAAAUUUUUCAAAUUCGUUUUUUUUUAGAUACGAUGUUUUUUCUAAAGCUAAAUUAAUAGUCUUUGUUAGGAUUCAAAAAUUGAUAAUUUAACGGCGAAUUUUUUCGAAAAAAAGAUAAAGAAAAAUUAAUCGGUUAAGAAAAACUUAAUUAUUUAUUUUUAAGUCUGGAAGAAACCUUUUUUACGAUUUUACGUUUUUGAUUUUUCAUCCUUUUGAUACAAUUUUUUUUAGAAAAUUACAAAGGUCAGCAAAUAAUGCAAGCUAUAUAGUUUCCGUUUAAGAUAAUCCAAUGAAUAUAUAACAUUUAUUACUCUCGUUUUAAGUAAAAUUUACCA